GCAAAAGGGUGCGCGCUGAAAGAGAAAUAAAAUGUGACUGAAACAGACCAGCUGUUUCGAGGUCGAAAGAAGGCGAAAGGGCAAGUUGGGCAAGUUGGACUGGCUGAGGAGAAUGGGAGGCAGGGGAUCGAUGAAGAUUCGGCCCUCUUUAUACUUUGAGAUUGCCAUAGAUAGCUGUGUGCUGUAUGAAGCGCUUGAUGGUGCUGCCCUCACGACUGAAUGGGCCACUCUGAGGCGUAGGCACGCGCGGCCGGCCGAUCUGCCGAAGUCAGAAGAAUCCAUCUCGUACAUGCUUUCCGCCGAAGAGCCGACAGCAAUCGCGCUACUUUAGCUCUGGCGUAGCAUUGCGAACUUGCAUUCUGAGAGCUUGCGCUGCUCGGGUCGUGUAGAGUGACCGCUUCUCGAGGGUGAAGGAGCCGCUCGAACAGUCAAGUCGUGGUGAUGUUUGCAGUGAUCAUGGGCGCCCCCCUGCAUGAAGCGCCUAACGCACCGGAUGCUUUGGACAUGCACGGGCUGUGUGCCGGGAUGGGGUCCUCGAGCACUUGCGUCUCUAAGCAAGCGAAGCGCAUGAGUAUAUGCCCAG